AUGCAGGCUCCGGUCAUUGUAAUGAACACGGGCGCCGGUGAGCGUCAAAUUGGCAAACAAGCCCAAAUAUCCAACAUCACAGCCGCAAAGACGGUGGCCGACAUAAUACGAUCAUGUCUCGGCCCCAAAGCCAUGCUGAAGAUGCUGCUCGACCCCAUGGGCGGCAUCGUCCUCACCAACGACGGACACGCCAUCCUACGAGAGAUUGAGGUAGCACACCCAGCGGCAAAGAGCAUGAUCGAACUCAGCAGAACGCAAGACGAAGAAGUCGGCGAUGGCACGACCACAGUCAUCAUCCUCGCCGGUGAAAUGCUAGCACAAGCCCUCCCACAACUCGAAAGACGGAUACAUCCCGUGGUGAUAAUACAAGCAUACAAGAAGGCCCUAGCAGACGCCCUCGCCAUCGUCGAAGAGAUCUCAUUACCGGUCGACAUCUCCAACGACCGCCAGAUGAUCGCCCUCAUCAACUCCUGCAUCGGCACCAAGACCAUCUCCCGCAACGCCGACCUUAUGUGCUCGCUCGCCCUCAACGCCGUCCGCAUCGUCGCUCAAGACGCCUCAUUCUUCUCAAACGCCACCACAUCCUCCUCCACGCCCACAACCAACGGCACAACCCCCAAGAAACCCCAAGAAAUCGACCUAAAACGCUACGCCCGCAUCGAAAAGAUUCCCGGCGGCGAGAUCGAAGACUGCCGCGUCCUCGACGGCGUCAUGCUGAACAAAGACAUAACCCACGCCUCCAUGCGCCGCAAAAUCACCAACCCGCGCAUCAUCCUCCUCGACUGCUCCCUCGAGUACAAAAAAGGCGAGUCCCAAACCAACAUCGAAAUCACAAACGAAGAGUCCUGGGAGCGCAUCCUCCAGAUCGAAGAAGAACAAGUCAAGAAAAUGUGCGACGCAAUCCUCGCCCACAAGCCCGAUCUAGUCAUCACCGAAAAGGGCGUCUCAGACCUCGCACAGCACCACUUCGUCAAAGCGGGCGUCACCGCCAUCCGCCGCGUCCGCAAGACAGACAACAACCGCAUCGCUCGCGCCGUCGGCGCUACGGUGGUCAACCGCGUCGACGACCUCGUCGCCUCCGAUGUAGGAACACAGUGCGGCCUCUUCGAAAUUUCCAAGAUCGGCGACGAGUACUUUACUUUCCUGACAAAAUGCAAGAACCCGAAAGCCUGCACCAUCCUCCUCCGGGGUCCCUCAAAGGACAUCCUCAACGAGAUCGAGCGCAACCUCCACGACGCCAUGGCCGUCGCCCGCAACGUCAUGUUCGAGCCCGCCGUCUCGCCCGGCGGCGGCGCACUGAGAUGGCCGUAG